AUGGAACCGAGGAACAAUGUGACUUACUUUGUCCUCCUGGGACUCACACAGAAUCCAAAGGAACAAAAAGUACUUUUUGUUAUUUUCUUGCUUUUCUACAUUUUGACCAUGGUGGGCAACCUGCUUAUUGUGGUGAUUGUAACUGUCAGUAAGUCCCUGGACUCACCCAUGUACUUCUUUCUUGGAAGCUUAUCAUUUAUGGAUGUCAUUUAUUCAUCAGCCAUCUCCCCCAAAUUGAUUUCAGACUUGUUCUUUGGGAAACCGACCAUAUCCUUCCAAUCUUGUAUGGUUCAACUUUUUACAGAACACUUCUUUGGUGGAUCAGAGGUCUUUCUUCUAUUGGUGAUGGCCUAUGACCGCUAUGUGGCCAUCUGUAGGCCCUUGCAUUAUUUGGUUAUUAUGCGACAAUGGGUGUGUGUUUUGCUGCUGAUAGUGUCCUGGGUUGGAGGCUUUCUGCACUCAGUAAUCCACCUUAGCUCUAUUUAUGGGCUCCCAUUCUGUGGUCCCAACGUCAUUGAUCACUUUUUCUGUGACAUGUACCCUCUAUUGAAACUUGUCUGUACUGACACUUAUAUCAUUGGCUUCUUAGUGGCGGCCAAUGGAGGAGUAAUCUGCACUGUCGUGUUUCUGCUCUUACUCAUUUCUUACGGUGUUAUCCUACACUCUCUAAAGAACCUUAGUCAAGAAGGGAGGAGAAAAGCCCUCUCCACUUGUGGCUCCCACAUCACUGUGGUGGUUUUCUUCUUUGUUCCCUGUAUUUUCAUGUAUGCAAGACCUGCUAAGACUUUCCCCAUUGACAAAUCAUUGAGUGUGUUUUAUACAGUCAUAACUCCUAUGUUGAAUCCCUUAAUCUACACCCUUAGAAAUUCAGAGGUGACAAAUGCUAUGAAGAAACUCUGGGGUAAAAAAAUGACUUCAAUUAAAGAAUAA